AUGACGACUGAACAAGAUUGGAAAACAGAUUUCUACAAGAAUGGCAUGCCAAAAGAAGUGAUUGUGAUUGAAGACACUCCUCCUCCUUCAACACCUUCUGUUUCUCAUACGUCUUAUCGUAUAGAACACACUACUUUGUUAGGUCCCCCAGCUUCUUCUACACGUUCAAAGCGGUCUAGAAAGGAUGAGCAUUCCCCUUCUGUAAAGAAGAGAAAAAAAGAUGCUCCUAUUCAAGCGAAUCUAUUAAGAAGACCUAAUCCAAACACAAUGCCUGUAACAGCAGCAGUACCAGCCACGACUGCUUGUGAUGAUAAAGAUGGUCAUUAUAUUAUUAAGCCAAAUGAAUCCUUGACACCACGCUAUAAAAUGAUGCGCUUAUUGGGUCAAGGUACAUUUGGAAAAGUGGUCGAAUGCUAUGAUCGAGUCAAGAGAACAUAUUGUGCUAUCAAAAUUAUUCGAGCCAUACCAAAAUACAGAGAUGCAAGCAAGAUUGAAAUUCGAGUAUUAAACAGUUUAAAAGAACAUGAUCCUUUCAAUCUAAAUAAAUGUAUUCACUUGGUGGAAUGGUUUGAUUACCAUAAUCAUAUCUGUAUGGUAUUUGAACUGUUGGGUCAAUCUGUCUUUGACUUUUUGAAAUUUAACGAAUUCCGACCAUUCCCAAUUCAUCAUAUUCAACAAUUUGCUAAACAAAUUCUUACCAGUGUAGCAUUUGUGCAUGAAUUAAAGUUAAUUCAUACAGACUUAAAGCCAGAGAAUAUUUUACUGGUUGACAGCCAAAGCAGAGAAGCAGGCAAUAUGGUUGGGGCAGAUCCCAACUCUAGAAUAUUAGAAAACACAGACAUUCGACUGAUUGACUUUGGUUCUGCUACUUUUGAAAAAGACUAUCAUUCAAGUGUUGUCUCUACAAGACAUUAUCGAGCACCAGAGAUUAUCUUGGGUAUGGGCUGGUCCUAUCCUUGUGAUAUUUGGUCAAUUGGGUGUAUUUUAGUUGAAUUCUUGACGGGUGAAGCGCUGUUCCAAACACAUGAUAAUCUAGAACAUCUGGCCAUGAUGGUGGUUGUCUUGGGCAAAAUACCAGCUAAACUCGUGAAAGCUUCUAGGCAAUUCUUUAAGAAUGGUAAACUAAAAUACCCUGAUGUCGAUACCACUGAACAAAGUAGAAAAUAUGUCCGUGCGCUUAAGUUAUUAAAGCGCAUUGUCAAUCCAACAACCAACGCUAAAUAUCAAUUUCUUGAUUUACUUACAAAAAUGUUGGUGUAUGAUCCUGAGGCCAGAAUAACAGCAAGGGAAGCUUUAAGGCACCCUUUUUUUAUGAUCAACUUUGAUGAAUUUGGUCGAGAAAUAGAAGACUUUUAA